AUGCACCCGCCGCACAACUCCCACGAACCCCGUCAGGCCCUCCCCGGCCCUGCAGUGGGGCCGCUCCGCAGGGAUCCUCCCCGGGCCGCUAGGCCGUCAUCGGCAAGCCCCAGGUACAAGUCUGCCCUAGGACCCGGACCACAGGGAUCCCUCGUCGGGCCCAGCGUUCAGGAGGGCUCCACCCUUGACAAACACCGAGACACAAGAGACGGGUUUUACCUUCCUUGGUUCCACGGCUGGUUACAGGGCCGAGAUACAGAGGAGCUUGGCGCUAGGGUGUAUGGUACGAGGGCCUUCAUUUGCAUUUCUUCUUAG